AUGCGUUCUACUUUUUUUUAUAAAGGAAGACAAUUACAACGUUCGAUGGAAAAAAGUCUUUUCAUAUCUAGAAUCAAUAUCUAUCUAUCUAUCUAUCUAAGGAAUCUAUCUAUCUAUCUAUCUAUCUCAGUCUGUUCAGAUCAAUCUAUCUAUCUAUCUAUCUAUCUAUCUAUCUAUCUGAAAAAUAUCUAUUUAUAUCUAUCUACCUAUCUAUCUAUCUAUCUAUUUAUCUAUCUAUCUAUCUAUCUAAUAAAACAUUCAAUCUAUCUAUCUAUCUAUUAUAUUUUCUUUGAAACCUCUAUUCCUAUCUAUCUAUCUAUUACAGAUAUCAAAAAAAUCUAUCUAUCUAAUAUCAUUUCAUCUGAAACCUCAAAUCUAUCUAUCUAUCUAUCUAUAUAUCUAUCUAUCUAUCCCAAUAUAUAUCGACCGUACACGACUUUCUUUCCUUAUUCUUUUUUCUUUUCCUUUUUUUUUUCUUCUUUUCUUUUCUUUGUUUUUAUUAGCUUUUCUUUUUCCUAUCUUUUUUUUCCUCCUUUUCUUUCUGUUGCUUAUCAGAAAUUAAUCAUUUUUAAAAGAAAUUCUGAACACUCUUAA